CAAUGAACUUAGGCCUUUUGCAAAGGUCACAUGAAACAUAGGCCACAAGUGGUCUUACCUUCCUGCGCCGACUUCAGAUCUCUGACUCACCGAGCCAUCAAAGGGUCACUUUCCCCAUACCCACCCCCAAGCCACCGAUUUUUUUGUCCAUUCCACUGUCCUUAAAUAUAAAACUCUCUUUCUACCCUCAUUUUCGUUCCCACUUCUUCAAAGUCACAAUCUUUGUCAUCUCUUCGCCGUAUAAACAUGUCGGUUGUGAACAUGUCCACCAUGACACUUCCAAGAGCUUCCUUGUCUGGAGGAUCUGUCCCUGCUAGGAAAUCUUGUGCUCUUUUUAAGAGUCCAUCAUCUUUUAGUUCUGUGAAGAAUGUGUCUAAAGUAUUUGGAUUGAAAUCAUCAUCCUUUAGAGUGUCAGCAAUGGCAGUAUACAAAGUGAAACUGAUUGGACCAAACGGUGAAGAGAAUGAAUUUGAAGCCCCUGAUGACAGUUACAUUCUGGAUUCAGCUGAAGAGGCUGGAUUGGAACUACCAUACUCAUGCAGAGCUGGAGCAUGCUCUACUUGUGCUGGAAGACUGGAUUCAGGUGCUGUGGAUCAGUCAGAUCAAUCUUUUCUUGAAGAACAGCAGAUAGAGAAAGGUUACCUUCUCACAUGUGUCUCAUACCCGACAUCAGAUUGUGUGAUUUACACCCACAAGGAGGAAGAUCUCUGCUAAACGAUGAUGUAGUGUCUUUUGUUUAUCUCUUAAUAAGGUUAUGGUCGGUAGAUUUAUUGUGAAACUUCAUUGGUGAGCAAUUUUAGUUGUUCUAAUUUGAUGUAGAACUUUAAUCCUUUAGUAUGCAGCCAUUGGAUUGGUUAAGCCAAUAAUAAGGCCUUGUUUUAUCUAUAUUUUCAAACUUUACUUCAAAAUAUGAGUUAUAAAAUUAAGAAGUUACUUUGGUUA